GAAAUCCGAACGGUUGAUAUGAUGGCCAGCAGCACUACACCACAGCAGCAGCGGAGCCAUAUCAACAUCACGCGCACGCACUCAACCACCACCGCCAACAUGUGUGUGCGUGCUAAAUGGAAGGCUGCUCGGGGUGGGUUUGGCAGACAGAUGGGAAGGGGGGGUACACAGGCCUUCGAGUGCGACUGGCAUGUUGGUUGCGGUCGGUUGUGCCGUGCUUAGUCUACGUGCUGCCCUACACCGUGAUUGCUGCCCGACGCGCGCAAUCCUCUCGUAUUGUACAACAACAAAAAAACGCUCCGUGCAAAAAAGCGCUCCGUUGUGUUGUGCGAACAGGUAGAAGAACAGACAGAAGAAACAAAAACAUACGCAACUUGCACAAACUGCAGUACGAACUGAGGCGUGACGAGAGAAAAGAUCUACCGUACAAUUAAUCAAGUAGUUGUUGGGGUGUACUAUUCGUCUUUUCUGUUACGAUUUUGUUGUUGUUGUGUUGUGCUGCAGCUGUCAAACGAGUGUUGUUUUUUGUUUGUGUUUUAAAACUCAGCUAAAGGACGAAGAAAGGAUACACCGAACGAACACACGAUCAACCAAAUCUACAAGCAACGUCCAGACUGUGAGAACGCAUCUUCGUCUAUCUUGGUGUGAUUUACUUCAGAAAAUCAGAAGCAACAUCCCAAAAAACACACCCGGUCUUAUUCUGGAUGCGGUGCCAAAAUAACGCAGAAAACCCUUCGCCCCAGUUCGCUACUGUACGGUGCAUCGAUUUUGAAGGAUCUCCGUGUAACUGAGCAGGCGCAACAACUCCUUGGUGCGAAUUAAACAGAGAGCUACACACCGUGCUGGAGAGCUAAGUGUCAAUUGCACAACGUGCCAAACGGGCGAGAUUGUGUAUUCGAGAGAGGAAAAAAAGGAGUUAGCAAGAGCGAGAGAGUGAGAGAGGCCUGUUCCGAAUAAGACCAGUUCCCAACUAAGAAUGUUGGAGCGAACGGAGGACUGCACCAACGGUGUACGGACGGACGUCCAACAGCUGUCACUGGUCGUCAGGGAGCAGGCGGUUGUCGAAGGAGCCACCGAGAUACUGAAGGUUAUCAGACCGGACUGGCAACGCGACAACGUGCGAUUUAAGCUCUUCACCGAUGGCAUCACGAACAAGUUGGUCGGAUGUUUCAAGCAACCAGACGAAAGCGAUGAUAGUCAAGGUACGCCCGAACCUGAGGAUGUCGUACUGAUCCGGGUGUAUGGUAACAAGACGGAUCUGCUAAUCGAUCGGCGUAAGGAGACGGAAAACAUUCAGCUGUUGCAUCGUUACGGUUACGCACCUGCCCUAUACGCUACCUUUGCCAAUGGGCUCGCGUACGAGUAUGUACCGGGUGUAACGCUAACACCUGAUACGUGUCAUUCCGAUGCCGUAUGGCCACUGGUUGCCCGGCGGAUGGCCCAAAUGCACAAGGUGCGGCCAGACGAUCCAUCCGCCGGUAAUGAAGCUGCGCUUCCGGCAAAACUGGACCAGUUCCUAAGGCUCGUUCCUAACUGCUUCAGUGACACGGUGAAAAAUGAACGCGUCUGGCAGGUAUUUCCCAGUGUCGCGGAAUUGCGGGAUGAGUUUGAUGCACUGUACGCACGGUUACUCACCACGGACAGUCCGGUCGUCUUUUGCCAUAAUGAUCUACUGUUGGGGAACGUGAUCUACGACGAGGCACGAUCGCGUGUCACCUUCAUCGAUUACGAGUAUGCCGCACCGAACCAUCAAGCGUUUGACAUUGGUAACCAUUUUACUGAGUUCGCCGGCAUCGACGACAUUGACUAUGGGCGUUAUCCAACGCAUCAAUUUCAACUACGCUGGUUGCGUGUAUACCUUGAGGAGUAUCUCGGUGAGUCGGUGCCGGUAACAGACAGUGCCGUACAGCGGCUGUAUGUACAGGUGAACCAAUACGCAUUAGCCUCACAUUUCCUCUGGGCGAUAUGGGCCCUCAUACAGGCGGAACACUCAACCAUCGACUUUGAUUUCAUACAGUUCGGUGCUGCACGCUUCCUCGAGUAUCGUCGACGAAAAGAGGAGUUCUUAGCGCUUCGCUUCACCAACUAAACCAACAACGUGUUGGAUAUGGUUGUCUUCUUUUACCAUCGUUGGGGAUCCUGGAAAGAACGUGUCGACAUUACUGCACACAACCGAACAUAACAGAGACAGCAGGCUGUCCUUAGAUAGGUUCGGGUCAUCUCGUCCGUCAUGUUCCUCCGCCAUGCAACCAUUUCCACUUCCAGUUAGACUCACUACCUAGCCUACGGGUUGCGACCACUUACUACCUUUUCAACGCUCAACAAUGGCGCAUUGCUUUUAUCAUUUAACGUUGUUCGUUUUAAUUUUUAGAAAGUUUGUUGUUUGCAUUCUCACUCGGAUACUCAAUUGCUAGAGCAGAGGCCUCCAAACUAUUUAGCUGGCGGGCCGCUUUGAGUAGAAUAGCCACAGCUGAGGGCCAAUCUCGGUAUCUCUCCGCGGGGGGCGUAGUUUGGAGACCCCUGUGCUAGAGGAUACAGGGGCUAUAUAGGCAAACUAAUCUAAUGGUGCUACUAGUACGAAAUGGAAGAUUUAAAAAAAGACUCAUUACAUAACUCCCCAAAGAGCAGAAUGCGCCAUUAAGCGCAGGACCAUAUGCUGGCUGAUUCAUUCCAAGUCGUCGGUGCCGUAUCAAGGGGAAAAAAUAUAAAACCAAAAAACACAAGCAAACCUACAACGUGGAUAGGUGUGUUCAAUGGAUCUUGUUCUUUGUUUUUACUACGUGCAUAAGAAGCAAUAAAUAAGAUAAUUAAAACUAA